GUGAUCAAGAAAGCAAGUAGGGUUCUCCUUGCCUGGUGGGCGGGCUCGGCUUUCCGGCUGCUGUCCCGGCGGAUCCCGCGGCUACUCACGCUGGGAUCUGGGCGAUCGGCAUGGGUUGGUCUCAGGAUUUGUUCCGCGCCUUGUGGAGAGCGCUGUCAAAGGAAGUGAAGGAGCUGGCGGGCACAGACCAGUUCGGGAACAAAUACUACUAUAUCCCGGAGUACAAAAACUGGAGAGGACAGACUAUUCGAGAGAAAAGAAUUGUAGAAGCAGCAAGUAAAAGAGAAAUAGACUAUGAAGUAGGGAAUAUCCCAACAGAAUGGGAAGCUUGGAUUAGAAGAACAAGAAAAACUCCACCUACUUUGGAGGAAAUACUAAAGAAUGAAAAAUAUAGAGAAGAAGUUAAAAUAAAAAGCCAAGAGUUUUAUGAAAGAGAAAAACUUCUUAGUAAAGAAAGCAACGAACUCUUGGCUCCACCAGUUGAAAUGCAGAUUAAAGGGCAUGCAUCUGCUCCACACUUUGGAAAAGAAGAACCUUCGGAGGCUCCCACCAGCACUGGUAAAACUUUUCAACCAGGAUCCUGGAUGCCACAAGACAGCAAGAGGCACAAUCAAUGAAUACACUGUGAUGACAUGAUAUUGAGAGAAACCUAAAGAUUCCACCAAGAAGCUACUAGAACUUAUAAAUGAACUCAGUAAAAUACCAGGAUACAAAAUUAAUAUCCAGAAAUCAAUUCUUCUUUUAUAUCCCAAUAAUGAACUAUCAGGAAUGGAAAUUAAGAAAAUGAUCCCAUUCACAAUUGCUUCAAAAAGAGUAAAAUACCUAGGAAUAAAUCUAACCAAGGAUAUAAAAGACCUAUACUCAGAAAAUUCUAAGACACUGAAGAAAGAAAUUGAAGAUACAAAUAAGUGGAAGUAUAUACCAUGCUUGUGGAUGGAGAGAAUUAAUACCAUUAAAAUAUUCAUACUACCCAAAGCAGUGUAUAGAUUCAACACAAUUCCUAUAUAGAUACCAAUGACAUAUUUCGCAGAACUAGACCAAAUAUUUCAAAAAUCUAUAUGGGACUGCAAAAGGCCCCAAAUAGCAACAGCAAUCCUGAGAAAGAAGAACAAAGUUGGAGAAAUCAUGCUACCUAAUAUCAAACUAUACUAUAAGGCCACAGUAAUCAAAACAGCAUGUUACUGGCAUCAAAACAGACACAUAGAUCAAUGAAACAGAAUAGAGAGCCCAGAAGAAACCCACACCAUUAUAGUCAAUUAAUAUUCCACAGAGGCAGCAUGCACAUAUAAUGGGCUAAAGAUAGUUUAUUCAAUAAAUGGUGUUGAGAAAAUUGGACAGAUAUGUGCAUAAGAAUGAAAUGACCAUGUCUUACACCACACACAUGAAUAAAUUCAAAAUGGAUCAAAGACUUAUAUGUCAGACUAGAAAUGAUAAAAAUCAUAGAAGAAAACAUAGGCAGUAAAGUCUCAGACAUUGCUGGUAGCAGUACUUUCUCUGAUAUACCUUCUUAGGCAAGGGAAACAAAAGAAAAACAAAUGGAACUACAUUAAACUGAAGUUUUUGCACACCUAGGAUUGGAUAAUGAAGGCGUUCAAGGGGGGCCAGAACGUGAGGUUGGAUGAACAGAAAUUUGGUAGUUUGGGAGCACUUUUUCAGAUAUGGAAGAAUUUUGUUAUAGACUAAAUGUAUCUCCCCCAUAUUGACAUAUUGACCUAAUCCUCAGUGUGAUGGUAUUUGGAAAUGAGGCCUUUGGAAGGAGAUUAAUUCAUGAGAGUAGCGCCUUUACAAGUGGGAUUAGUGCCUUAUAAAAGAGAGCCUCCUUGCCCCUUCCACCAUGUGAAGCACAGCAAAAAGCCUAUCAGCCAGGUAGUGGGCUCUCAUGAGGCACCAUAUCGGCCAGCUUCUUGUUCUUGGACUUCCCACUCUCCAGAUCUGUGGGAAAUAAAUGUUGUUGUUUAAGCCACCCAGUUUAUGGUAUUCUGUUAUACCAGCCCAAAUGGACUAAAACAGACCCUAAUGGUGGGGGAAAACUUGCUACUGGGAUGGCUUUUAGAAAUGACAAAAACAUCAUUUUUCAAGUCAAAGAAAAAGAAAUGGCAAAAACAGCCAAUCUCAGCAAAGUGAAAAAUGUCUGUGAAUAUACACUUCUCCAAAGAGGGCAUACAGAUGACCAAUAGAGAUAUGAAAAGAUGUGCAAUGUCAUUAACCCUCAGAGAAAUGCAAAUUAAAACCACAAUGAGAUAUCACCUCAUACCUGUCAGAAUGCAUAUCAUCAAUCAACAAAGUGUUGGCAAGGAUGUGGAGAAAAGGGAACCCUUGUGCACUUCCAGAGGAAAUGCAAAUUGGUGCAGCCACUGUGGAAAGCAUGAAAUUCACUCAAAAAACUAAAAAUGGAACUGCCUUAUGACCCAGCGAUUCCACUUCUGGAAAUACAGAAACCUGAAACCCUAAUUCAAAAGAAUAUAUGCACCCAUAUAUUCAUUGCAGCAUUAUUCACAGUAGCUGAGAUUUGGAAGUAGCCUAAGUGCCCAUCAGUACGUGAGUGGAUAAAAAGCAGUGGUACAUAUAUACAAUGGAAUAUUACUCAGUCAUAAAAAAAAAAAAGAAUGAAAUCUUGUCAUUUGUGGCAGUAUGGAUGGAACUAGAGAGUAUUAUGCUAAGUGCAGUAAGCCAGACAGAGAGAAUAAAUACCAUUUGAUGUCACUUAUAUGUGGAAUCUAAAUAACAAAAUAAAUUAAAAAUUUUAGUUUAGACAGACAUAGAUACAGAGAACAAACUGACAGGCAAGCGGGGAAGGGUGUUGGGGCAGGUGAAAUAGGUGAUGGGAUUAAGUAGUACUAAUUUGGUAGUUACAAAAUUGGCAUGGGAUGUAAAGUAAAGCAUAGAGAACAUAGUUAACAAUAUUGUAAUAACAUGUUGCCAAGUGGGCACUUGUAAUUAUCAAAGGGAACACUUUUUAACCUAUAUGAAUGUCUCUGCUGUGCUGUACACCUGAGUCUAAUACAAAAUAGUGUUGAACA